AUGGGAAUGUGGGUUCUCGUUUUGCGAUCAGCUUGUGUUGCGAAGAAGCAUGAGUUAUGGUUUGUCAUUAAUGGCGUCGCAAUCCGAUAUUCUCUUAGAGAAUUAGGACUCAUUUCUGGACUAUACUGCCAUGAGUAUCCCCCCAACCAUGAGAGGUUGGGUGGUACAACAUUCAUGAACAAGUAUUUUGGAGGGAAAAGGGUAACAUACGCUGACCUGGAGAAGCAGAUGUUGGCGAUGAAAUCAAAGCCAUCUGAGGAUCGUAAGAAGAUGGCCGUUAUGUUCUUCUUAGCCAGCAUCCUUGUCGGAGGCCGAAAGAGUGGUGAGGGAGCAUCACCUGUGGACAGUUUCUUCCUGAGUGUUGUUGAUGACCUAGAUGCGUGUGUAACGUUCCCUUGGGGGCGGUAUGCAUUCGAACAUAACUUGAAGGAUGUCUCUACCCUUUUGGAAAAAUGCGACGGGCUUGCGCCGACGAGUUGGGGUUUUACAAGCUUUCCUAUCCCUCUGGAGUUGUUGGCCUUUGAGGCAAUUCCAAGCUUGAGGAACCAUUUCCGAGAAGAUGUGAAUGGUGCAAAUAGUAGUUGCCCGCGGAUGUGCAAGAUGCAGUACAAACGGAAAAGUGGAACCAAGGAAUUCAGUCUGAAAGCUGUGAACGAUAAACUUGGUAAUAAUACAAAGGAUAUUGAGAGUAUCUUGGUAGCAACAUCAGCUGAGGAGGAACUUCUGGAAACCAUAGGAAUGGACAAGGAGAGUUGUUGGGCCGAUGACGCCGAUGAUGCAGCAGUUGAUGGUUGGACGAAGAUAAUACGGAAAGGGAAGAAACAAGUUUUCUUUGAAGAACAGUUCCGCAUGGAUUUAGAGUCUCGCACAGGUCAGAUUGAAGGUCCCACCAAUCCUAUCGGAGGACCAUCGAAUAAUGCACAAUCUGGUCAGGCUAAUGCUGAUUCGGUGGAGGUUAGUGGAGCUACUCCUGGAGCUGAGGCUUUAAAAGCUAUGGAAGGUCGGCUUAUGAAUGCAGUCAGAGAUGCAGUUCGAGAUGCUAUGAAGGGAGUGAAUGAAAAAGUCACUUUAUUGUCUACGCAGCUAGGUCUGCUAGAAGAGGAAGUGAAAAGUCUUAGGUUGAGUGUUCCCGGAAGUGACAAUCCGGCGGUCCAAGAUGAUGGUGAUGGUAGUGAUAAUAACGAGUCGGAAGAAGAGGAUGGUAGUGACAAUAACGAGCCGGAGGAAGAGGAUGGUGGUGACAAUAACGAGCCGGAGGAAGAGGAUGGUGGUGACAAUAACGAGCCGGAGGAAGAGGACAAUAAUGUUGAAGAUGCCAUUCUCGAAAUUUCAAAGGAUGUACAGAGGGAAUAUGGUGAUGUUGACGUGGAUGAUGAUGAUGCGGAGAUGUCGAGAAAAGAUGAUGGGAAAGAAACAGUUCCUGUGAAAAAGGUUAAGUUGGUUGGUGAAACUGUGAGGAGUCCCAUUCAGCUAAGAAGCAAGGCAGCAGCGAAGGAGGCAGAAGCUGAGAAGGAGGCAGCAGCUAAGAAGAAGGCAGCAGCUAAGAAGAAGGCAGCAGGUAAGAAGAAGGCAGCAGGUAAGAAGAAGGCGGUGGCUAAGAAGAAGCCGAAGACAAAAAAAAAAGUAGGUAAGAAGACGGAGUGA